GCCGAGGCGGGGAGGAGGCGGAGUCCCACUUUUUGGUCGUUUCAUCCGUCAGGAAUUGCGCUUAUUCUCCCUCCGCAGACAAGCAGCAGGUUGUCAGCGACUUCAUCUCCACAAUGAACGGUUUAGACGAGGAAACGAUGGCGCCGCAGACCUUCCUUUACGGUUGCAUGCUGGAAGCUGGGAAGGAGGUGGUGUUCAAUCCUGAGGACGAUGACUUUGAGCAUCAGCUGGAUCUACGGAUGGCCUGUGUGGACGCCAGCACGAAAGAUGAACUGCACAUGGUGGAGGUAGAAGGACAAGACACAGAGGGUCAGAAAAUCAAGGCAGUGCUGGUCUCACUGAAGCCCUCUACCCUGCCAAGUGUGUGUCUUGGCGGUUUCACAAUCACACCCCCAGCAGUUUUCCGUCUGAAGUCGGGUUCUGGUCCCAUCCAUAUCAGUGGACAGCACCUUGUCAUGAUGGAGGCAGAUCAGUCCUUUGACGAAGAUGAUGACGAGGAUGAUGAAGAGGAGGAGGAAGAUGUUAGAACGUCCAAGAAAAGACCUGCUUCUUCCCCUGCCAUCAAGUCUCAGAAGAAAAUGAAAAUGGACAUCGAGGAUGACGAUGACGACGAUGAUGACGACGACGAUGAUGAUGAUGAUGACGACGAGGAUGAUGAUGAGGAUGAUGAAGAUGAGGAGAGCAAAGAUGAAGAGUCACCUGUUAAGGCCAAGCAGACGCCAUCCAAAAAAGCCCCUGCUCAGAAUGGCAAGAGUUCGAAACCCAACACUCCAGCCAAGAAACAGCCACAGACUCCUAAAGGUAAAGGUGAGAAGUCCCCUAAAACUCCACCAACACCCAAAACAGAUUUAACAGUUCCUGAGAUUAAAGCCAAGAUAACUGAGUCACUGAAGAAGGGAGGAACAUUACCCAAAAUCCAGCCCAAGUUUGAGAACUUUGUGAAGCACAGUUAUAGAGUCUCAGAUUCCAAGGUUAUUUUGGAGCUGUGGAAGUGGAGGCAGACAAUGAAGGAUGCUAAAUAACUCGUCUCCAUUGUUUUAUCAUCUCUUUUUAUGACUUGUUUGUACCCAUAGCACCUCUCGAACCCCCUCUGAAGCCAAAACUCUGUGCCUCACACUUCAUUCAUUUCUAAGUCUUGUCCGGCCCUCCUCCUGUAUGAAGAGACUAGAGAGAUGGUGAUGUAGACGUACGUUACAAAUUUGCAUCUUUUUGUAAAUGUGUAAAUAAAAUUCUCACUAGAUUCUUGGCCCAUGAGUGUGGAGGAUAUCUUUUUUUUUUUCUUUCUGUAAGACAGUUAGUGUUGAUUUGGCCCUCAUGCAGGAACAAUGGCACUGCAUCAGAUUGACACCACCUGAAAGCACACACAAGACUGCCAACAGAGCUCAACAGCCUAUAAAACAUCAACUAUCAGCCAUUUUCAAACCAUUUAAGUUUUAGUAAGGCCUGAAUUUUUGUGGGUGGACAUCAAAUGUUAACGAUCACAAUAUUGAUUUAAUAUUAAUUUGUUUGUUACCAUGAACAUUUUGCACUUUUUUUUGGAAUGUUUUGAAUGUUUAUGCUGUUGUGAGAUUCCUAAGGUGAAAGAAAAACCAUGGCUACAAACUGUCCACCUAGUUUCAGUUUGAAAACAUUUGAACAUGUAGGCGUAUUCUCUAUAAUUCUUCAGAUUUGUUACCGUCCGGAAAUGAUUUUGAAACCAUUUUGGCCUGAGUGCAGAUUGGUCUGUUCCACUUGUUUUUGUAUUGCCAUGACUACUUACAGCGAACAGGCCAGUUGUUGAGUGAUUGAAUGCAUGAAGGAAUUUGCAAACAAGGUUGGUUUUUUUUUCUUUUUCAAAAAUGAGUUGAUUUUAACUCCAACCCAGAACUUGCAGAUGUUUAGAAUGUUCUUGGACAUUUCCACCUAUGCUCAAGUUUAAUGAAUCCACUGUUGUCAUUUGACCUGUUAAAAGUAACAUUACGAAAGUGUUGAUCUGUACGGCCUGUUAAAGCAGAAGAUCAUUCCAUGUUCCUCAAAGUAAAAGUUUGUAUGUCUUUAAUUAUGGUGUGGGUUUGAAUGUGCUAUACAAGAUUAAUUAAAUAAUAAAAUGAUA